AGAUGAAAUAUGAGGGAGAUAUGAGAAUGACCGUGGCAACAGAACUGAGAAUGAACUAUCCGAGUUCAAUGUUUAUGAGUUUGCCCGUGAGAUUAAGCAUAACAGGAUUCAGCUUUCAUGCAACUGCAGUAAUAGCCUAUCUUCAGCGGCGAGUAAACUUUUGUUUCCUUGAACCCAAGACUCCAAACGAAAGUCUGCUCAAAGACGUUCACAUAGAAUCAGAAGUCGGAAAUAAAGAAAAGCAAGUUCUCAAAAAUGUUGGCAAAGUUGAGAGAUUUAUCGUAGAUCAAUUGAGAAAUGUGAUCGAUGAGGAAUUCGUAUUCCCUAGUUACUUUUCCAUAGAGUUUGAUUAA